CGUAGAUCCUCUCCAUACGUAAUAGCGCCGCUGACAUUAAUUGGUGUCGUGUUAGCUUUUCCACAAGUUUUCUUCCCGACCCCAAAAACCUACAAAAUUUUUUACUUUCCCUUCUCAAAUCUAUCUCAAUCUGCGAUCGCACAAAAACAAAUAAAAAGAACCAAACUUUGAUACUCAGAUUAUCGGCAGCUAAUUAGAGAAAGAUGAGUUUCGAUGAAAUUGGGAGCAGGGCGAUAAACCUCGCGAUUAGAGCUCUUCGGAAGCGGCGUUUGGUCGAAGAGGGCGCUCAUGCUCCUGCCAUUGAUGCGCUCUCGAGGCCCUGGGCGGUUCAGGGCUUAGAGUGGAAGGAGAAAGCUGAAAAGAUUGAACUAGAGCUGCAACAAUGCUAUAAAGCUCAGUCACGGUUAUCUGAGCAGCUUGUAGUAGAAGUGGCAGAAUGCAGAAGCGCAAAGUUUCUUGCUCAAGAGAAAGAAGCAUUGAUUACAGCACUGCAAAGUGACCUAGCACAAACAAGAGAAGAGAACUGCCAACUGAAAGAGAGUCUGGAUGAGAAAACGAAAGGUUUAGAUCUCUGUAUUAGUGAGAACCAUUCACUUAGAGCACAACUUGCGGAGGUUCAAUUGAAACUGAAGAAUGCAGAGGCUGACAACAAGAACUUGAUUGAUCGUUGGAUGUUAGAAAAAAUGAAGGAUGCAGAAAAGCUUAAUGAGGCUAAUUCAAUGUACGAGGACAUGAUGCAGCGCCUCAAAGUCUCAAGCAUCGAGCAGCUCGCAAGACAACAAGUUGACGGAGUAGUUCGCCAAAGAGAAGCUGGUUACUACGAUAACUUCUCAGAAUCCUCACUCCCAUCUACAUUGAAACACACGAUCACCCAAGCCCAUGCAGGCGGUUGUGGAUCCCUAAAAUUCGAGCCCACCUCCCACAAACUAAUCACUGGCGGCCAAGACCGACUCGUCAAUAUCUGGGACUCAAACACCGGAACCCUAACCUCCACUCUCCAUGGGUGCCUCGGCUCCAUCCUCGACCUUGCUAUCACCCAUGAUAAUAAAUCUGUGAUUGCGGCUAGCAGCAGCAAUCAGCUCAUUGUUUGGGAUUCUGGUUCAGGUAGAAUCCGCCACACUCUGACUGGACAUCAAAACAAAGUAUGCGCCGUUGAUGCAAGUAAGGCCUCUAGUCGAAGUAUAGUGAGUGCAUCCUCUGAUCACACUAUUAAAGUGUGGGACCUCCACAAAGGGUUUUGCAUCAAUACCAUAAUCUCUGCUAGCAACUGCAAUGCCGUCUGUUACAGCAUCGAUGGAGUCACGAUUUUCUCAGCCCAUGUUGACGGAAAUCUUAGAUUAUGGGACAGUAGAACAGGGCAGUUGAUAACCGAGGUGGCAGCCCAUUCACAGGCAGUGACAUCUGUAAACAUCUCUCGGAGCGGUAAUUUUGUGUUGACGAGUGGCAGAGAUAAUCUUCACAAUUUGUUCGAUGUGAGAUCUUUGGAGGUUUGUGGGACUUUUAGGGCGAGUGGGAAUAGAGUGGCGUCGAAUUGGAGUCGAUCGUGCAUUAGUCCUGAUGAGAAUUAUGUUGCGGCUGGGUCGGCUGAUGGGGCAGUUUAUGUUUGGACUAGAGCGAAGGAAGAUGCGAGUGUUCUUGAAGGGGGGCAUUCUUCGCAUGUGCUAUCUUGUGCAUGGGAUGGAUUGAGUAACUUGCUGGCGUCGGCUGAUAAAAAUGGGAAUAUAUGUAUAUGGACAUGAUGCGGUUUGCAAAAUGAGCUCUCAAGAGAUGUACACGUGAUGAGGCUUAUCUUAAUUGUCACAUUAAAGGUUAUGAGCCUAUCAUUUACUCUCUUAGUAGCUCAUUUUACUGAAUGAGCAGCCAUAUAUAUAUAUACACACGCGCGCACACACGUUUUUUUGGUUAUCUACUUUAACCAACAUUUAUAAACUUUUUUAUUAGCAA